AUGUUAGUUGGCGCAUUAUGGUUCCGCAAACGCGGCGAGAAAAAAACCCUCCUCAGGACCCCCAGACGAACCCUUUUCGAGCUUCACGCCGGGCGACAAAUUCUUCAAUUACCCUUCGACCUAGUCCUGGAGACUAUGAGCUCAGGAAGAUCAGGCUCAGAGGUACGAUUCACUACAUCGGAAGACCUCAUAGCUGCUCUGGGACCCAUGGGGCCCCAGUAUGUAGACCUGCAGCAAAGCAUUGACAAGGUGAAUCUGUCCUAUGUCAGGAAUCCAAUGCUCCUCGUUCAGAACAGAGAGGAAGCCAUCAGAGAAGCCAGGCAUGCCGAGAGAGAGGCAAAGAUUGCGCGGAAGGAACCAAUCCAUCGAAUAACUUUGAAAGACUUGCUUAUUCAAUAUCUACGGCAUGUGGAUCCCAUACUCGAGUAUCAAGCUCGUCUCAAGAAUCCAAAUUCCCCAUGUAAAGGAUUGGACGACGCAUUGCUGGAGCUCUUCAACGAGGAUAACACCAGAUUUCUUGGUCGUAGAGGGUGGGAUGUAACCGACUUAAUGAAUUGGACCUGGGUUUUGACCUCGGAGACGACCGAACGUGCAGCAACUCGACUGUUGGCGAUUGCGCAUCAGGGAUUCCCAAAGCUUGGAGAUGGGAUGUUGAUCCCCCAAUUUGUCUUUCUUUUCUUACUUCGUCGACGAAAUCCGAGCGCAGAGGCCCUGAGGUCUUUGUUGAUCUACGCUUGGGAACUGAUGGAGAAGUCGGAAAGCUUGCUGGAACCGUUACCUCCACUGGAGAAGCUCGCGGAUGAUGCACUCCAAGGAAAGAACCUCACAAAUACUCGCGUUGUCAAAAGCGCAGAAGACGAUCCGCUCGGGAUGAACGGAAGCGUCUUCAUGAUUAUGGUUAUAAGGCUACUACGUUCUGCUCGCACGGUGUGGCCAGCAGCUUGCGACAACAUCGUAGCCUUAGUCAAUCGAUAUUUGGACGGCGUCAAUUUCCGUGCAGGGGCCUCGCAAAUGACCACUCUGACUUCAGAAGACACAACGCAACUUACGUACAUGUACAACACGCUCUUGAAAUUGGUGUCGCUUCCAGCGUCAACAGGGCCCUUCCAGUCCGCAUUUUACCAGCAGCGAGCGCAAUUCAGUCUUUUGAGAAGGAUGAAUCAGUUUCAACCACCCUUGAUUGUCGACAGAAGAGGAUAUCGCGCUGUUGUCAGUAUGCAACUAAGGCAUAAGAAGACCUUGAAGGAGCGUGAAUGGGCGCAGAUGAAAGCAAAAUCAUGGCCUCCCUGGAAAGAAGAGAAGCUCGGUAUAGACGCUAAUAUCAGUGUCGAGCAUGGAACCAGUCGGGCCAUGGAAGCUAUGAGGCGAUCUUGGGAAGCAGGAUAUGGUCCGGAUAAUUGGGAUAUAGGUGCCUCAAUCCUUGCAGGCUGGGACACCGAUGGUAGUCCUACUAUACAGACCCGUGCAGUCUAUCUUCCUCAUGAUCCUCAUGAGCGUCGUACCGAAGACGCACAGAUCUGGGUUGCUCGAAUACGAUCGACAAGGACUCUCAAUGAAGCUUGGUCUUGCUUCCUGUCGUACAAAGAUCAGGAAUUCAGAUCUGGAGGAGCUUUCUAUGUGUACCAUCAAAUGUUUGAAAAAAUUGUGCAGGAUGCCAAAAGACCGCCCGCUGAAAACAUCAAGCCCAGUUCGACAGAUUUCCCUGAUGAGCAACCUCCUCUGCCCGGUGAUGGUCUAGAGGUCUUGCCUGCUCCCGAAUCCCCUCGAGAAGCAGUCUAUGUUCGUAGACCACCACCAAAUAUCGACGAAUUCGUCGAAUUGAUGGCCGAGGAUAAGAUUAGGCCUGAUAAAAAGUUUUUGAGCACCAUGCUUACAAAUGCGCCGACUCUCGAAGCCGGUCUACAGUACCUUGAAGCAAGCGCAAUGCCAAAUGAGCACGUACUCGCUUUGAGUGGGGAGAAAUCACCGAGCACCCCCAAGGCUCAAGCUGCGCUCGUUGCAAUCCCGCCUUACCUUUUUUCUGCCUUCAUUCGCCUACUGACUCGAUUCCCGCCAAGAAUGCCUUAUAAAGAUCGGCCCAGCGAAUAUGCUCUUGCUCAAACCGGUUCAGUCUUGGAUUCGAUGAUGGAGAAGACAGAAUCGGCUCAGCUUGCUUUACUUCAAAGUUCUUCAGGUUCAAGAAAACCUGUAGAGCUUGCACCCCCAGUAAGAUCGAUUGUUAUAAAUCCGCUUCUCAAAGCCAUUCAGCUUGUGCUUGCUCGGAAACCCCGAUACCGACCUGCAUGGUAUAACCUUUUUCGAGCGCUCUCUAGUCCUAGAGUCGUGAUAGAUGUGGUCUCGAAAUUUGUAGACCAAGAUUACCAGGACAUCAAGACUUGGCAGAUGACCUGUGGUCUCUUGAAUGAAAUGCUUGAGAUUGACCAGACCCUUGAUCUUGAAGGCUUUCAGAUACUCUGCGCCGGACUAGAAAAGGCAAUCUUCGCCAGUGAAAGGCUCUCCAGGAACCCACGCAUUCGACGAGGAGACAACGGUCCCAGGGACGACAUGAGAUCCUACGUUGAUCGCGUACUUUUGACAGGUCUUCCGCUUCUCAAAGAGAUUUUCAAGGACGUCGUCAGAUCGAAAACGAUGCAGGAAGCGAUACCUGUUUCUCUAACGGAAGAGAAGUCAAACAUCGACGCAUCCAUUGAGGAGCACGGUGUAUUGGAGUCCGAUGAUACUGAAAAAGACACUGAAAAAGAUUCGAUGACAGAAUCCAGGGCCUUUUUACCUCCAGGCUGUUUGCUUCCGAGACUACUGGAGGUGCCACACCCCGCUUGUCUUCACGGGUUCAUACGAAUACUCGGACUUCGCCGAGAUUACGACGGUAUUUUGGACUUGGUAGAAUGGAUGUCCCUCUUCGCUGAUGACAUCAACGCCGUCGCUGACGAAAAAGCGAAUUGGUCCAGGAUGAUGCGGCGGUGUUUGACCGCAAUUCACGUGUUCAUGGAACGCAGUUGGAUAAUUCUGGAAAAGAGAGAAGCUGAGGCUCAAGGAGAAGACCCAAGCACUGUACGUGAUGAGCUAGAGAUGAAGGCGGAACCUGCACCAGCGGGAGUUGUGAGAGCUAUUCAAGAGAUUGUGAGGCAAAAUAAGAGAUGGGGCGGUUGGCCUAUGCCUCAUAACGUGAUGCAGUAUUGUGCAAAUGGGAAGUUCAUAUAG